CUCCUGCCUGGGUGGGGGGUUGGACUAGAUGACCUACAAGGUCCCUUCCAACUUUGUUAAUGUAUCUAUCUGCUGUAAAUCGAGGACUACCUGCAUUGAGCCUCUUCCGAGCAGGCAAUCCAAGUCAGAUUUUUCCAAGCGAUCCAGCCAGAACUUUCAAGCAGAAACGUAGAGAAAUCGGAGCUACGUUUCUCCUUGCGGGGAAAAAAGUUCCCCUUAUAGGAAGAAUCCACCUUUCAGCCCCCGCAGGGGAGGCAGCAUCUGUAGCAGUCCGGCUCGACCACCUCGAACGCCCCCUCUCGAACCCCCAAAGUGGACCGUUCCUCCCGCCUCGCCUCAUUUGCAUGGGAAAGGCGCCUCGAAGGGAAAUCCCGCUCGGACGUUCGGGGGCGGAGCCAAUCUUCUCCCUUCUGGCCAAUCGUCACGGGAGGGAAAGGCCGCCCAAGAGCUCAUUGCCGAGGGGCGUGGCUGCCUGGAGGAGGAGGAUCCCGAGAGGAGGCGCGAAGCCCCGCCCCCGCAGCGGCUGUCUUCUUCGCUGCUCUCCCGCUUCGUUCAGUCCCGUCCUCCCCCGGAUCCUUCCCAGAGGAUUCCCCUUGGAGAUCGGCGCCGGAUCCCUCGGAGGAGGCUUCUAGGUUCUCGCUUCGGCCAGCUGUGGAAGCAAUCCAGAAAAUGAUGAAUACAUUCUCACGUAGCUCCCCAGACGUUUCGCUUCUCCUCCAAGAAGCUUCUUUGGCUCUGACUGGAUGGUGGAGAAUGGAAGGAUGUUUUACAAGGAGAAAUUGUUAAGAAAAUGCCCUGAAAAAGAAGUUGGCCAACCUACACCUGAUCUCCAUGUGUAGGCCCUGGAUGCUUUUUGUCUCUAGGACCUCCCAGAGGAGCCCUUCAAGCCAAUUCAGAUACACAAAGUGGAGUCAUUUGAACAUCUUGGCAUACAAAAAUUAUCUCUUGGGGGGGGGGGAAGAGCUGAAAGGCUUUCUGGCAUCUUUCCAGUGUGUACAAGAUCGAUCAUAUGAAUUAAAAGGCAUUUGGAGAUCCACAAGAUUUCCUUGGAUCCAUUUGGAGUUGAGUUUCAGGACAGGGAAAGUAUGGAAACACAACCUUUAGCCACUGAGAGAACUGGAAAAGGCCCUGCUAUUGUUCAGUCUGAGACCUGUGGGGACAUCUGGGCAAGAACUAGGCAGAAGAUCCUGGAGGAGGAAACCAUCAUCUGUUCGGAAGUUCAGCCCUGGAACUUAAGGAGCUUCCAAUACCAGGAGGCUAAGGGUCCCCGAGGACUUUGCAGCCGACUCCAUGACUUUUGUAGGCGAUGGCUGAGACCAGAAAAGCACACCAAAGCCCAGGUGCUGGACCUGGUUGUUCUGGAGCGGCUCCUGGCCCUUCUGCCCCUGAAGAUGGAGAGCUGGGUGCGGGAGUGUGGAGCAGAGACUAGCGCCCAGGCAGUGGCCCUGGCUGAAGGCUUCCUCCUGAGCCAGAUGGAGGAGCAGAAGAAGCAGGUUGAGUUGCAGUCCUUUGCUGUGGAGAUCAGCGAUCCUGAGGGAAGGAAGAAUCCAUCAAAUCCCUUCCAGGAGACGUUUUUCAGGAGGAUCUCUCAGGAAGAUUCAAGUCAGGAUACCUCAGGAGUGAAGAAUAGAAUGAAGAUAACGCCUGCUUAUGAUGGAACAAGCGUUGAACCUACAACUCAAGAGGGUCUUGUAUCAUUGGAGGAGGUGACUGUGUAUUUCUCCAAGGAGGAGUGGUCACAGCUGGAUCCAGACCAAAAAGCACUGCAUUGGGAAGUCAUGCUGGAAAAUCAUAGAAACCUGGCCUCUCUAGGUAAUAAUGGGGAAGAAGAUGAAGGUUCUGGGGAACUAUUCCGAACAAUUACUUCUGGAGAUAGUAUGGAGAACCCUAAAAUUCAAAUGGAAGUAGAAAGCUGUGAGAGAAAUCAGUCAAAUAAUUGGAAUCAGGAAAGCUCACCGUCUCUUUAUGCUCCAAUGCAAGAUUUUGUUGCCCAACAAGGAAAAACAAAUAAAAAAUCUAUUGGGAAUAACAUGAAACUAUUCAGAGACAAAUUAGAUGUAGAUAAACACGAUCAAGCCAAAACCAAAGGAGAAGAUUAUAUAUGCAGAGACAAUGGAAAAAAUGACAAACAGACUUUCUUUUUUCCUCAUGAAAAUGGGUCUGGUACUUCUCAAAAAAGGACCUACGCGGAGGAGAAGAUAUAUAAAUGCAUGGAGUGCGGGAAAACCUUUAUCAAGAACAAUCUACUUACAAAUCAUAAAAGGAUCCACACAGGAGAGAAGCCCUGUCAAUGCAUGGAAUGUGGAAAGAGUUUUAUUCACAGCAGACAACUUAGUUCACAUAAAAGGAUCCACAAACGGGACAAGCCUUACAAAUGUACGGACUGUGAAGAGAGCUUCAGCAGAGAGAGAAAACUUACUCUCCAUAAAACGAUCCACACAGGGGAAAGUCCUUAUAAAUGCAUGGAGUGUGGGAAGAUCUUUACUCAGAUGUCUAACCUUAAGUCACAUGAAAUGAUCCACACAGGAGAGAAGCCCUAUAAAUGCGUGGAGUGUGGAAAGAGCUUUACUACGAACACUCACCUUAUUUACCAUACUAGGACCCACACAGGAGAGAAGCCCUAUAAAUGCAUGGAGUGUGGAAAGAGCUUCUCUCAUGGUAAUUCUCUUUCUUCCCAUUACUGGAUCCAUACAGGGGAGAAGCCGUAUAAGUGCACAGAGUGUGGAAAGAGCUUCUGUGAAAAUUCUUCUCUUACUGUUCAUAAAAGGAUCCACACAGGAGAGAGGCCCUAUAAAUGCACAGAAUGUGGAAAGAGCUUCCCUAAGAGCAGUGAACUUGUUUCCCAUAAAAAGAUCCACACGGGGGAGAGGCCACACAAAUGCAUAGAGUGUGGAAAGAGCUUUACUAAGAACAGUCAACUUAUUUACCAUAGUAGGGUCCAUACAGGGGAGAAGCCCUAUAAAUGCAUGGAGUGUGGAAAGAGCUUUACUAGGAACAUUCUACUUAUUUACCAUAGUAGUAUCCAUACAGGGGAGACACCCUAUAAAUGCACAGAGUGUGGAAAGAGCUUUACUACGAACAGUCAACUUAUUUCCCAUAGUAGGGUCCAUACAGGGGAGAAGCCAUAUAAGUGCACAGAGUGUGGAAGGAGCUUCUCUCAAAGUUCUUCUCUUAAUAUUCAUAAAAGGAUCCACACAGGAGAGAAGCCCUAUAAAUGCAUGGAGUGUGGAAUGAGCUUCUCUCAUCGUAAUUCUCUUGCUUCCCAUGACUGGAUCCAUGCUGUUGUGUAAUGAUGAAGACAAAGCAACAUUCCUAGGUCAGCCAGAGACAGUUUUAUUGCGCAAGGUUCAGAGCCAGUUUUGUACAUGAAGCUUUGAACAAGGAGAGAAUUCUGAUACAACUGGUUUUAUACAUUUCUAAGACAAAGGAUUCUGUUAACUCAGCAGUUUAUAUGGUCAUAUACAUUCGUUAUAUUUACUUGACAUUUCCUAAUUACUAAAGUUUUACAUUAUCCUUGCCAAACAAUCAUAAUUCUUCUGUAAAUUACUGGAGCAUAGAUUCAAAUUAUCUUCUGUUGAUAAAUGACUUGUAGCUCAUGUGGAUACCCUUGACCUUACCAACCUUUAAGCUGUAUGUCAUUAGAAUGUUCCUAUCUUCUGACAACUUAGAGGCCUCCUAAAGGUAUCAAAAGGAUUUUGGCUGACUUUGUACUUUUUCCAACCGGAUGCAUUUCCUACUUUUAGAAUAGAGUGAAUAGAAAGUUAUCCAGUGGUCAUCUAUCAGAUCCCGCUUCAUCUACAUUAAUACAGGGGAGAAGCCGUAUAAGUGCACAGAGUGUGGAAAGAGCU